CUCUCUCCUAACUAUCUCUCUCCUCUCUAAGUUCGCCGGCAAAGUUCAGAUUGUUUCGUUCGCCGGGAAAAACAGUGAAAAGUAAGGAAAAUUGUAUGUUUUCCACGAAAAACGUUCGCGAAACGCGAUGCGGGGUGUUCGGAAGUGCGUUCAGUGCGGUGUUUUAAACGGGAAUCGGGCUCAGCUGUGUCGGAACGUCGCGUGUCCGCAGCGCAAGAAUGUUCUUGACGCCGUGCAAUUGGUGUCUUUGCGAUCAGGAUCUACGGUUUACUCCCUGCGAUCCAAGGAGAAGGAGCAGCAGCCGAGAAACUUUGUGGUGAUUCAAGAGGUCACCGUGUCCCUGCAGCCAGAUGCGGCGGUGGUGUCCAGCAAAGCGGUGUGCUUUGUAGAGUCCUGCCACAAAGGUGGCGUCAAGGCCACCGCGGACUGCGUGCACGUCAAAACGUGCCGCGAAAUGGGCCCUGAGUUUCCAAAGGCCCAGGCCUACAGCGUGUCGCGCGAGGUGCUGUGGAACCUGAACAUCAGCCAGGAGCAGAAGCAGCAGCUCUGGCAGCAGUACAAGUACGCCGAGGAGCAGGAGCACCUGCCGGCUGUCCAGCGGCUGAAUGCCACCACAUUUGUGGUGAAGUGCGAACGCUCCGAGUCCUGCCCAGCAGCUCGACUACAUGUCACCGUCCUGGCCAAUGGCUCCAAGAGGAAGGGGGCGGCCAGUUAUGCCUGCGCCUGCCGGAAACUAAAGAUUAUCGUGGAGCCGGACAACUCGCUGGUGAUGCAGGACGAGAUCUGUGACCACCUGCUGCUCGUCCUGGCCGGCAUCCUGAGCUCGCCGCAGGGCAAACGGGUGUACGGGCACUUUACCAGCGGCCUGCAGUCCUUCUGGAUGCCAUCCCAGCUGGAGACACCUCUUGGAGAUGGCGCUGCCGAGGAUCUGCGCUUGAGUCUGCACAUGGAGGACGAUGACUUUGAUCCUCAGGUGGACAUUCUGGUCUUUGGCGAUCAGCUGGAUCUUCCCCUGCCAGAUCUUUCCGAUGGCGCUUUCAAUCUGGACAACAUGCAGGCGGCGACCACGAAAAGCCACAGCGAUUCAAACCAAGCCAGCAGUGCCCUCAUCCACUACGCCAACGACUCGCAGCUGCUGUCCAACUGCGAUGUCUAUGCAGAGCCCAUCGAGCUCACGGACUGCAAUAUCGAGCUGAUGGACCAGUUCCAGCCAACGGAUCAGAUUGACUUAAGCAGCGAGGACAUUGAGCUGCCGCUGAUCAGUGAGCCCUACAACAUCUUGGCCGCUCCUCCCAUCUUUUCGGAGGCCUCGCCUGCUGAUCAGCUGCCCAUUGAGUUGGCAACUAUUUCCAUGGUUAAGAAGGCGGCUCCCGUUAAGACCUCGGCGAUAGUGAGAGAAGUAAAGUCCAGAAAACAACCUCCCUUGCCGGCCAAAAGAGCCUUAAUUGUGAAUAAGCCAGCUGCUGCAAAUCAGGUAUUGGAUACUCCCUGCCAGGAGGCUUGCGUUCAGCCGGCACUGGCGUACUCCGCGUGGCUGGAACAUGUAGUAGAGCUGCUAAACGAGGCACUUGAGCCCCGGGAAACACCUCAGGCGGGGAUCUCAAAACGCUUGGUCCAGCAAAACUUUCAUGUGCACAGGGACACCUUUUCGCACUUUUGCAAAGGCUUCAGUGCGGGAAUCAAGCGUCGUCCCUUGGACAAGGUGACUGUGAUAGAAUCGGGCCGUUAUAAGGGUCUGACCAAAUACACCUGGCACUUUACGACCUCGCACACGGUCAAGCGCAUCUUUAGCACUGCUAAUAUUGAACUGCAGUUGCAGCGUGCCUUUGAGCGUCAUCCGGAUGGCCAAUAUUUUGUGCCCUAUGUGCGACCACCAACAUCCAUUGAGGAUUCAUCCAAAAAGCGCCUAACUUACGCCAGAAUAAAACUGUACAUGGCCAAAAUUAUAUUCCAAAUGGCGCCAAAGGAACAGGCCGGCAAUGGAGUGCUGCUCACCUGGACGCCGGAUGUUCUGCCCCGCAGCCAUUUCGGGCUGAUGCAGGUGGAGUUCAGUGUGGAGACACAAGCGCCCAGCUAAGAGAUGAAGCAUCGGUUGUCAGUAUGAGAAUUUACAAGCCUGCUAGAGCGUAUAUAUAAGUGUUACCUUAGUCUAAGUCGGGGUUUUUAGUGCCUAAGAAACAUAAAUCUCACAAAAAAUUGGUCAGUAGUUGGUUGGUUAAUAUGUAGAGCCGCCUAUUAGGGUUACAGCUGACAAAUGAUUGGAUUGAAAUGCUCGCUCGCUUUGAUAAGAUCAGGAUCUCGAAGGGACAGAAACCCAUCAACUGUGCAUCCAGUAGUCUCUGACUACAUUCGAUUGGGAUAAAUCUAAGAGGAAACUGAAGGACCUUUGUUGACAUUGCGUUAAUUUACAUAAUCAGUAUACCAUGCUUAUUCAAGUUAAAGUGUACAAAAAACCAGUCUUUAAAACAUUUUUCUUUAUCGUUUCUUUCAUACUUUGCUUCAUUAUUUUUUAUUUCUACAUAUAAAAUGUAAAAAUAUUUACUAAUUUACUUGCGCUCUACGCUGGUCCUGUGUGUGUGUCUUUAAUGUGGUGCCCAAAAGUAGGCUAACAAUAAAUUAUUCCGAAUUUUGGGUCUAACAUCAUAGCAUACUUUUAGGCACCCUUUCUAAAGAAAUUUCAAAAUCUUAUCUUUACCACACACAGACACUUAGCCAUGGCAAUUCAGAGUGCAAAGCUUUUAUGUUUUAUAUUUAUCCCACAUA